AAUGAAAAAAUAAGAAACAACGUAGUGUUUAUAUAUUUCUUAGUUUUGCAUUCAAAAACAAAUCCUCGCACCUUAUGAGCAAAAAUACUAGAAACCAGAGCCGGUAAGUGAAUUAUAACUUUUAAACACAAGUUCAUAGUCCGCUUACACAUUAAAAGUAAGAAGUCAAAAUUUGUAAGACUACAACGAGUAGGGGAAGUAAAGAAAUAUAGUAAGUAUUCAAAACAGGCUGUAUAGUAAAUGAUCUUUGCCUUUCAAAAAAAAAAGAAAAUGUCAAGUGUCAACUAUCAUAAUUCAAAGCAGUGUCGAAAUAAACGAAUUUUUGUAUUAAAAUUUAUAUUAGUUUUAAAAGUUGUAUUAUUUUUUACAAGUUAGAUGAUAUUUGUAGAAUAUUAUAAACUCGAUAAUCAUCAUGAGCGUUCCUCUCCACGUUGAAAUCGUGCAAAAGAGAUCUAGCCGCGCAAAUAAGGACUUUAUAAAAGAAUUAGUUCAUUCCUAUUUGGCAAAUUUUGCUUCUAUAACGCCGGGUGUGACGCUAUCCAAGGAACUCGAAGACGCCGGGGAAAUCAACGAUCACGUGCAGUGCAUCAGCUUCUGCGACGCGGAACAUGAGGCCGAGCUGGCCGCGGCCGAGGCGGCGCUCGAGCUGCAUGUGUUCCGCCUGGACUCGCUGGCCGCCGAGAGCGACUGCCUGGCAGACGCGGGCGAGCCGCUGCCGGCCGCCACGGUGUGGGCGCUGCCGCACGAGGACUUCCACGGCCUGUGGGAGAGCCUGCUGUAUGACUCGCACCUCAAGCGUGAUGCGCUGCGCUACGCCGAGGCCGCCUUCGAGUUUGCGGCGCGCGGCGUGGACCCCAACGCGGUUGGCGUGAACCGCGUGGCGUUGUUCCACGGGCCCACGGGCACCGGCAAGACCAGCCUGUGCCGCGCCCUGGCGCAGAAGCUGUCCGUGCGCCUGGCCGCGCGCUUUCCGCGCACGCGCCUACUCGAGAUCAACGCGCACGGCCUGUUCUCAAAGUGGUUCUCCGAGAGCGGCAAGCUGGUAGCGCGCGUGUUCGCGCGAAUCGCCGAGCUGGCGGACGACCGGCGUCUGCUGGCCGUGGUGCUGGUGGACGAGGUAGAGUCGCUGGCGGCCGCCCGCCGCGCCGCGUUGGGUGGUCUGGAGCCGUCGGACGCGCUGCGCGCCGUCAACGCCGUGCUCGCGCAGCUGGACCGGCUGCGGCGCCUGCCCAACGUGCUAGUGCUGGCCACGUCCAACGUAACGGGCGCCAUAGACGUGGCCUUUGUGGAUCGCGCCGACGUGAAGCGCCUGGUGGGCCCGCCGUCGGCGCGCGCCGCCUACAGCAUCCUGCGUGGCUGCUGCAACGAGCUGGCGGCGCGCGGAGUGUUGCGCGCGGGCGCCGCGCCGCCGCCGCUGGCGCCGGGCUCGGGCGCGGGUCCGGCUAGCGCGAGCGCGGGGCCGGUGGGCGCGCGGUUGUGGCGCGUGGCGCGCGCGGCGGCGGCGGCGCGUCUGUCGGGGCGCGCGCUGCGGCGCCUGCCGUUCCUGGCGGUGGCGCUGCACGGAGCGCGGGGCGCGCGGCCGGACGCGGCGCUCUUCGCGGACGCGCUGGAGGCCGCGCUGCGCCAGCACGUGGACGACGCGGCCGCGGUGCGCGCCGCCGCCGCCGCUCCCACCGACGGCUCCGAACACUACAGUGACUUUGUUUCCGAUGAUUGAUACUAUCCACAGUGAUAUUUUAUAGAAACAUUUAAGGAUGGACUCUGAAUAUCGCAAUGUUCAUUUUAAUUCUCAGUUACAUUGCAACAAUUUUUAUAAUUGACUGCUUGGAACCUGAUACUGUUCGGUCGGAAGUUGAAAGGUUGAAAAUAGAAUUUAUGUCUAGUUUGUUAAGUCUACUUGUAAAAAUAAUAAUAUACAGUAAUUUGAUAAGAAUUUAUAAUAUUACCUGGUUUUAAUAAUUUUUUAAAUAUGAAAAACUUCUUUUUGUUACUUAAACAAUAGUUGUACAUAUGCUAUUGCAGACUUUUUUUCGACUCUACAACUUUUCUAUCAUAUAUCUCAUUGUUAAGGCAGCAUUCGUUGAACCGUUUUUCUCAGACUUACUUUGGAAAUCCAACUACCUUUUCAGUUUCAGGUAAAUAUAUAGCCGACACUCACAAAUAAUGUGGCUUCAUAAUGGUGUAAGAAUUUUUUAAAUAGGUUCAGUAGAUUUAGAGAUUACCCCAACAGUGUCACAAAUCAACGGACUUACAAUGUUACCUCUUUAUAAUAUUAGUAUAAGUAUAUAUGUGCUGAAAAUGUGUUCUCUUGGUCAUUUGUUUAUGAAUGAGUGAACCAACUUAGCUGUAGAAAAUGAUUUUUAGAUUAUAUAUCUAAAUGUAUAAAUGGCCACACAUA